UCAGACGAGUAUAUUAUUGAGCGGCCGCUUGUGAGAACUAUCAGUGUUGUGAGUUUGAGACAACUUGUGAACGCGUUUUGUGUUUAAUAAGUAAAUAUCACUUAAAAUAAAUAAACUUACAAGGAUUUUAUUAAUCUACAACUUUUACCGGUUUGGUUCGUGUUCAUUUCAAAUUGUACAAUUAUAGCGAUAUUCACUAGACCGCAAAUUGUUAUAGGUAUAUUCUGCUGUAACCGACGGAGUGUUAAGGCAUUAAGGAUACACAUAAAUAGUAUAUCACUGGAGCAGUCAAUAUGGUGAAGGCCAGGAAAUGGGUCGUCAAAAAACACUUCGACGGUGUUCCUAAGCUAUCGGACUUUGAAAUCGUGGAGUACGAACUGCCACCGCUCAAAGAUGGAGAAGUUUUGCUCAAAACCGAGUGGGUCAGCGUGGACCCUUACCUGCGUGCGUACAACAAGAAUGUUCCUGUGCCCUACGAUCAGUUUAGUUUCCAAGUCGGAGUGGUUAAAGAAACAAGGAAUCCCAAAUUCCCAGUGGGUACUAAAGUAGUCACCCACAAGGGUUGGUGCGACUAUGUCAUUGUAAGAGAAACGUCACCCGAAGUGGGAGAAUUCCCCAAGGAGUUAACAUACAAAUUGCCUGAUUUGCAAGGCCUUUCACCUUCAUUAGGAGUUGGCGCCGUUGGAAUGCCAGGAGUGACAGCUUACUUCGGAUUCCUUCAAGUUUGUCAGCCGAAAGCUGGAGAAACUGUGGUUGUAACCGGGGCAGCGGGUGCUGUAGGCUCACUGGUGGGUCAGAUCGCGAAGAUCAAGGGCUGCAGAGUCAUAGGUUUCGCUGGUUCUGACGAGAAAUGCAAAUGGUUAGAAAAGGAACUCGGUUUCGACAAAGCUCUCAAUUACAAGAAGGUGGACGCGCUAACAGCUUUGAAAGCGGCCGCGCCAAAGGGCAUAGACUGUUACUUCGACAAUGUUGGAGGCGAACUGAGUAGUACAAUCAUAAGCCAAAUGAAUGUAAGAGGGAGAGUGGCAGUAUGCGGCAGCAUCAGCUCUUACAACGACAGAGACAUACCCAAAGCAUCGAUUUUACAACCGUCCUUGGUUCUCAAGGAAUUGAGGAUUGAAGGAUUUAUUAUUUGGCGUUGGAUCGACCGUUGGUCAGAGGGUUUCCCUCAGUUGGUGGCUUGGAUCAAGAGCGGCCAGCUGAAACCAGCGGAGCAUGUCACGGAGGGUUUCGACAAACUGUACGAUGCGUUUGUUGGAAUGCUGGCCGGAGAGAACACCGGUAAAGCUGUCGUUAAAAUUUGAAAAUUAAGUUUGUAAACUUUUUUAUUUAGUGUCCUGUUAAUAAACGUGAAAGUUUCUGAUA